UUAUAGGCGAGGAGAGAAGGCUCUUACAACUGUCUUCAAAUAAAAUGGGUAAACCAAAAAAAAGCAAGCGCCAGAAGACUAUAAAACAGAAGCAGCUACAAUACCAGGAAAAUUGCUAUUCGAAGGCUCCUCAUUCUUUUGUGUUCAAUAGAGGACAUGUUGGUAAAAAUAUUCUUCAACUUAUUAAAGAUAUGCGCCGUGUGAUGGAACCUUUCACAGCCAGAAAUCUCAAGGCAAGAAAGAAGAAUGCUCUGAAAGACUUUGUGAAUGUUGCUGGUUUGUUGAAUGUCACACACUUCCUGAUGCUAAGCAAAACAGAAAUUGCAACCAAUCUGCGUGUGGUGAGGAUCCCUAGAGGUCCAACUAUGACAUUCAAGAUUCACAAGUACUGCCUGUGUAAGGACAUCAUUUCUUCCCUGCGGAAACCAAACCUAGAACAGAAGCAGUUCCAGCACCACCCUCUGUUAGUGAUGAAUAACUUCAGUGGCGAUGAAAUGCACACCAAACUACUCUCUUCAAUGUUUCAAAAUAUGUUUCCCUCUAUAAAUGUUAAUAGGGUUGACUUGAACACCAUAAGGAGAUGUGUGAUACUGAGCUACGAUCCAGAGACAAAACUUAUAGAAUUCAGACACUAUAAUAUAAAAGUUGUACCUGUGGGAAUGACCAAAGGAGUUAAAAAGCUGAUAAAGUCGACCGUGCCAGAUAUGAGCAAGUUUGAGGACAUCAGCGAGUAUAUAAAACAGGGAGGUAACUUGUCUGAAAGUGAGGCAGAGCUGGACGGGCCAGAAAAUGAGGUUGUGUUACCUCAGAGUAUUAGUAGCCGAGGAAACAUCAGGGCUACUAAAAGUGCUAUCAGGAUGACCGAACUCGGUCCUAGACUGACCUUACAGUUGGUGAAGAUAGAGGAUGGCUUGUGUAAUGGCAAUGUCAUGUUUCACGAUUUUGUCAAGAAAACUAAUGAGGAACUGAAAAAACAGAAGAAAAUGAGGGACAGUAAAAGAAACUUAAAAGAGUUAAGAAAAAAGAUACAGGAUGAAAAUGUGAGGAAAAAGGAAGCUGUGAAAGAAGAACAUAGGCAAAAGAGUUUGGCUGGGAUGAAGAAAGAUGAAAAUCAAGAUGGAGGAGAAGAUAUAACUGUUGCAGAUGAGAAGGAGAUGGAUGAUGCUGAUUACUACAAACAGGAAGUGGGAGAAGAACCAGAACCAGGCCUGUUCUCCAGCACAAAUUCCAAACGAAGGAGAUCGGAAUCACAGGGACCUCCAAAAAAGAAAAUGAGGGCUAAUACAAAAAUGAAUGGCAACACAAAAACGAAUAAAAAGACAGAUUCAAAAUAUGACAAAAACAAAAGUUUCAAGUCAAAGGACAAACUUAAGAAAUCCAAAGGGAAGCCUGGAUUUAACAAGAAAGGCAAAUCUUUUCAGAGACCAAAAAGGACAGACAAAAACUUCAAACAGAAGAGAUAGGAGAAGCUGUAGCUGUUGGAUUUUAUCCUGAACUUGUGAUCAUGCAAUGAAUUGAUAAUACUGGAUAUGGGAGGGAAUUUGUUAAAACUAUGUAGCUAUAGGAUUGGAUCAGUUCCUUUGUUAGAGUAUCUUUACUCCAAUAAAUUAUUAUUACUGUAUUAAUGUAAAUCCAUGCUCAGUAUGAUAAUUAUCAUACAAAGUAUUCUGAAAUAAGAACUUCAUCAGAGAAAAGACCAUUAACCACUCUAUUAAACACAUGUAUAUCAUGUAAGUUUUAAAUGUUGAGAAAUUUGUUGAAAAUAAAUAGCAAAUUACAAAUGA